GUUCGUGCUGAGCUCAUCUUGAUGAUACGCCUACCAGAAAAUCAUUCUCUACGAUGAAAUUGCAUUUAUUAAAAUUGCAGUUGCUAUUAAUAAAACUGAUAAUGGCAAUUGUACUUUCCUCUAGAGCAGAUGUUUUGAAAAGCUUGCUAGUGAAUUCAGUGCACCGGAACAUCAGAGCUUUGUCAUAUCCGGAAGAGAGCUUAAUGGGGCUCUUUUUCGCCCUGGCUAUUCCCCUGGACGACCCGGUGUCGACGAAAUCGAUUUCCGUUGCGUUCUUCUUCGAGGCCAAUUACGAAUUACCCAAUAACAUCACGGAAUUUCAAUCGAGCGUGGACAACGAUCAUCGGGACAAACGGUCUGCAGGUCAACGACACUCUAUAAAUCGCAAAACGAUAUACGCCAUAUUGGAGUCGAAGUUCGAGUCGUUGGGAUUUCCUGGUAAGCAGUGCCUCUUGAGAUGUAUUUGUGAAACGGCACGACAACCCUUGCAUCCACACAAUGGGCUUGUCGGUGAUCUGAUGCAUAUCACCUUGACCCCAUCUUCUACCGCUGACGAGGGUCUGCCGAUUGAGUACGUCAGAGCAGAGCAAGUGGGCUUCCAGGGCGAUUGUGAAACAAUUUACUCCCUCUGUCCCUUUGCAAUUUAUGACUACAUAACGGAUGUAUACAACAGCGAAUAGUGUGCACCUGCAUCUGCGGUAAAUAAGUUAAGAACACUCUGACUGUGAACACCAUAUACGGUAUGCAUAUAUAUGUAUGUAUAAUGUAGGAACCUACACGUGAUAGACAACAUAGGCAAAUAAUUUGUUCUUCAUUUCGCUUCGGAUGAGUAAAUCGAAAUAUUCACCGCAAAAACUAUUUUGUGGACUUCACAUUAUUUUGGUAUUUGCCUAACUAAACCCGAUGUCUGAACAUUAAGAAUGUCCGUUAAAUAAUUUUAAAAUAUUGUAAUAAAGUUGUAUGUAUGCCAAAUAUUCACUAAAUUUCGCAUAGUUUAUGUCUCUAUAUUAUAAAAAGGUAUCACCACCACUUAACCACUGCAACUCUCCUUAAAACUUCUGCAACCCUCGUUACAUCCUUUUAUCCUUUAACUCCUACAUCUUACUUUUUAAACUAC